CCUUUCUCCGCCGCUCCAGGGAAGCAGCCCGGCAGCUUCGGGGCAAAGAGCAGGGAGGCGGCGACGGCGGCUCCGGGGGCGGGCUCCGCUCAGAGGGUUUGGGGAUGCCAACGCGCCCCGGAGGCUGAUGUCGGGGGCGUGGGCCUGCGAUGCUCCAGCGAUGGCACUGUGUCAGACCCACUGGCCGCCGGUGGUCAUCAAUCAGCCGGGGCUGGGGGAGAGGGAGAGAAAGCAAGGCGCCCAGCGGAGCCCGGGGCCGCGAGCGCCAGCAGUGCCAGCAGCGGCCGCCGCAGAGGAGGUGACGGCGGUGGCAACGCGGGACUGAGCGAGGAAGGCGAGCUGGUGCUCCAGGAAGGAAGAGGGAGCUGUAGUCUGGACCAGCGGCCGCGAGCCGCGGAGGGCAGGGCAAGAGAGAGAGAGAGAGAGUGUGUGUGUGUAUUUGCUGAAGCCCCCCGCCCCCAACUGCCCACCCUAGAUUUAAAACAAACAAACCAAUCCAAAGUAGAGAAUUCCGCGCCCCCCGCCCCACCAUAUAUAGACUCUACUCGUUGCCAGAGGCGCGGGAGCAAAGUCCUGCUCUUCCUCUCCGAAAGAAUGUGCCAGCCGGGUGUCCGCAGUGCUGGAGACAAGUUCAGGUAAACACGCGGUGGUAUUGAUGAGGAGAUCCUUGGGUUUAGAAGUUGGCUGAAACACACCAUGCCUGCUCCCAUCCUUCGCUCCGGAAAGUUGUGAAUUGCUCAUGCCUAUAGGGAGGAAGGAUGGCACAUGGGAUUCCUUCUCAAGGCAAAGUUACCAUAACGGUGGAUGAGUACAGCUCAAACCCCACCCAGGCAUUCACCCACUACAACAUCAACCAGAGCAGAUUCCAGCCGCCACAUGUACAUAUGGUCGACCCCAUCCCAUAUGACACUCCAAAACCAGCGGGCCACACGCGGUUUGUCUGCAUCUCAGACACACACUCCAGAACAGAUGGUAUCCAGAUGCCUUAUGGGGACAUCCUUCUCCACACAGGCGAUUUCACCGAGCUGGGACUGCCCUCAGAGGUUAAGAAGUUUAAUGACUGGUUAGGAAACCUGCCAUAUGAAUAUAAAAUAGUGAUUGCUGGGAAUCAUGAACUGACAUUCGACAAGGAAUUCAUGGCAGACCUUGUUAAACAGGAUUACUAUCGUUUCCCCUCUGUGUCCAAAUUGAAACCAGAGGACUUUGACAACGUGCAGUCCCUCCUGACGAACAGUAUUUACUUACAAGACUCGGAGGUGACAGUGAAGGGAUUCAGAAUAUACGGUGCACCUUGGACCCCGUGGUUUAAUGGAUGGGGCUUUAACCUACCCAGAGGUCAGUCUCUGCUGGACAAGUGGAAUCUCAUCCCUGAGGGCAUCGACAUACUCAUGACACACGGACCUCCUCUAGGUUUUCGAGACUGGGUUCCAAAGGAGCUUCAAAGGGUUGGCUGUGUGGAGCUUUUAAACACAGUCCAGAGGCGAGUCCGGCCCAAACUCCAUGUAUUUGGUGGAAUCCAUGAAGGUUACGGCAUCAUGACCGACGGGUACACAACAUACAUCAAUGCCUCAACGUGUACAGUCAGCUUUCAACCGACCAACCCACCAAUUAUAUUUGACCUUCCAAACCCACAGGGUUCCUGAAGCUCUAAAUGCCCGAUUGGAAUGUGAGGGAAGGUCUAUAAACUGCCAUUUUUCUAAUUAUAAACUCACAUUCUCUUACUUGUUUAUUUCCAAAUCCUGUGAGUUCUUUUUGUAAAUUACUGGGACACAAAUGAUGCUAGAUGUUGCGCUUCUCCUUAUUAUUAUUUUUUUUAAAUGCGGCAGCCAUUCAAAAUCAAAGGAGCAUUGUGAAUUUGUAAAAUGACAUCUGUCGUCUCAAAGGCCACGCCAUUGUAAAUUGUUAGUGUUUGCCAAAGGACAGCCAAGCUUUCUUUUUAAAAGGUGAUAAAAGUCUUAUUUUAAUAUGCUUUAAGCUAGAAGAAAAAGAAAGAAAAAGAGAAACAGGUAGGCAGUGUUUUAAAAACUACCCAAAUUUGCACAACUGUUUUAGAGUAUUGUUUGAAGUAUUUUAUUUUUUUUUGAUGUUUUAUUGUCGUUCUUGUUGUUUUCCUGGUAAUGCUUCUAUUUCGCAGCAGUGGCCUGGAAUUAUUGCGAUCAUUUCAACAAAAGUAGGAGUGGAAAAGACUUCUCUUCACGCUCUCACUGUAAAGAAAGCUGUGUCAAGGGAAGAAAAUGGCCCUCACUUAAAGGAUGGCUUAGCUAGUGAGAUCCUUAUUGUGGCUAUACAAGGUCUCAUUGUUUGUUUGUUUCUUUUAAAUUAUUUUAGCUUUAAAAAUGUGGAAAAGGAAUCUGUUAAGAGCAGGAAUUUCAUGCAGUUAAAAAAAAAAACCACCUUACAGACUCCUUUUCAAUAUGGGUUUCUAUAUAUAAAUAUUUUGUGUGUAUUUGGCUAAGUUAGGAGUUUACUAUUGCCAAGGACGGUACACCUGCAAAGCUAUGCUUCACUGCAGGGCAUCAGAAGUCCGUCGGAGCUGACGCCAUCUCUCAGAACUCAAGGUCUUAAAGAGCUUGAGGAAAAUCUAGGUACAGUUACAGGCGUGUAGACAUAUAAGUGGAUGCAAUGGAAGCUAACUAAAAUAAGGCUUAGUUGUCCUUUAUAUUUAAAUACCCUGAAUUGUCUUCUUACUUCCUCCCCUCCCCCAUUUUGCACUGUGUGUCAAUGCAAUCUUCGCUAGCACAAAAUAUUGUCGCUAAUAGUCAUUUCUGUUUUCCCAUUGUAAAUGCUGUUGAGCUUUUAUUCUAUUUUAUGUUAUCUUGUUAAUGACGUUUAGGAAAGCAGUUGUUUCUUUAAAUUUAUUGUGAUAUUCUAUAUCUAGCGGCCUUUAUAUGCAAAUAAAAUUGCAAGAUUUUUAAA